AGCCUGAACUUCCUCCUGCCACCCCUCCCAGUGUCCUGCCCAAAUAGGCCAUAACUCCCUCUCAUGAGGCCUCUGGGAUGACCGAAGGGACCCCAGGGUCCCUGGAGGUGGCCCUGGAGGUCCCGGAGCCUGGACGCCUGUGUCCGGGUCUCAGAAGGGACCCUCCUCCCACGGGACUUCCCUGGUUCCUGAGGGCCAGCAGCUCUGGCGCUGAGGUGGGGCUCCCCGAAGCCCUGCCUCUCACCCCCGCCCCCCAUUCAAGACUCUCUCAUUCACUGGAGGCCUGGCUGCUGCUCCAAGUGCAGCCCUUGCGUGCCCGGGGUAGACAGAAAGGCCUGGAGGCCCGGCUGGCUGCAGGAAGUGCAGGUGGCAGCCAGCAGGGAGGGGAGAUGGGGCGCCCCCCAGGUCCCCACAGUACCCCGGCCCCGGAGGGCACCUCAGCUGUAACUGGGCUCAUUUUGGACCUCAUCUCUGGGCUCCACUGGCCCCGCUGGGCGCUCAUUGCUCUUGCUGUGGCUGCUGGUGUCCUCACGGUUUCCUGCCUCCUUUGUGUCAUUUGCUGCUGCUGCCGCCGGCGUCACCAUGGUCACAGGAAGAAGCCCAGGGACAGAGAGGCCAUGGGCCUGAGCAGUCCCCAAGGCACCACCACCAGCGCCCACCUGGUGCAGCCGGAUGUGGACAGUUUGGAGGGGGGCCCCCAGCACUGGGGGUGCCUGCAGCUCUCCCUAGAGUAUGACUUCGGAAGCCAGGAGGUCAGAGUGGGCCUCAAGCAGGCCACAGACCUGAGGGCCUGGGGCUCUGGCAGCACGGCGGAUCCGUACACUCGCGUCAGCCUCUCUACCCAGGCAGGACACAGGCACGAGACAAAGGUGCACCACGGUACGCUCUGCCCCAUGUUCCAGGAGACCUGCUGCUUCCACGUGCCACAGGAAGAGCUGUCCCAGACCACCCUGCAGGUGCAGGUGCUGAGCUUUAAGCGGUUUUCUACCCACGAGCCGCUGGGCGAGCUCAGCCUGCCACUGGGCACCAUGGACCUGCACCACGUUCUGGAGCACUGGUACCAGCUGGGCCCACCGGGCACUGUGGAGCCUGAGGCGUGGGGGGUGCUGUGCUUCUCGCUCCAGUACAUGCCCAGCUCAGGCCGGCUGACCGUGGUCGUGCUGGAGGCCCGAGGCCUGAGCCCAGGCCUGGCAGUCCCCUACGUGAAGGUCCAGCUCAUGCUGAACCAGAGAAAGUGGAAGAAGAGAAGGACAUCGGUUAGGAAGGGCACAGCCUCCCCUUACUUCAACGAGGCUUUCUCCUUCCUGGUGCCCUUUAGCCAGAUCCAGAGCGUGGAUCUGGUGCUGGCUGUCUGGGCCCGGGGCCCACAGUUUCGGGCUGAGUGUGUGGGCAAGGUCCUGCUCGGCGCCCGUGCCUCUGGGCAGCCCCUGCAGCACUGGGCAGACAUGCUGGCCCAUGCCCGGCGGCCUGUUGCCCAGUGGCACCACCUGCAGCUCGCCGGGGAGGUGGACCGAGCCCUGGCCCUGAAAUCCCGCCUACGCCUGCCCAUGCCCGGCUCCUGAACGCACCCCUGGGCUGAAGUGUGGGUACUGUCCAGGCUGCCCCGGGGGGCAACUCCGCUGUAAUAAAUGCUUGCUCUUGC